AUGGCCGCCGAGGGUAGCAUUCCUUCGAUUCCUUUGUCUACAAUGAUCCAUAUGGUAAAUAUCAAACUCACUUCCGCAAAUUACCUUUUGUGGCAUGCCCAGAUCGAACCCCUUCUCAUCACCCAGGGUUUUCUUCCGCAUCUGGAUGGCUCAUCCCCAUGCCCAUCGCGCGAGAUCACUACACCGGUAGGUACAAAAAGUACCAAUCCCGAGUUCGCCGCUUGGUAUUCCCGGGAUCAACUGAUCCGGCUAUUCCUUGUUUCCACUCUUACGGAGGAGUCCAUGGUCGUUGUCAUUGGCUACACUUCGUCCCGCGAUGUCUGGACCUCUCUCACUCGCGCCUAUAGCCAUGCCUCGAAGGCUCGAGAGCUCAGCCUGAAGGAUGAUCUUCUCUCGGCCAAGCGUGGCGAUCUUUCUGUUUCUGAAUAUGGACAGCGUUUCAAGGCAAUUUGUGACAAACUUGCUGCCAUCGGUCGGUCUAUUGACUCGACCGACAAAUCGCACUGGUUCCUUCGCGGCUUGGGGCCUGCUUUUUCGACGUUCACGGCCGCACAACUUGCUCAAGACCCCCUUCCUGACUUCGACACUCUUCUUGCCCGCGCCGAAAGUCACCAAUUUUUCCAACGUUCAUCUGACAUCUCGUCAUCGUCUUCUUCAGUUGCAUUUUAUGCUGCUCCUAGGGCCCGUCCUCUGACCUCGUCUCAGCCACAAGGCCGCUUCAAGAAAAAUAAAGCCAAAGGUCGCCGUCAGCCUUGGUGCUAUUUCUGCCGUGAAGAAAACCAUGAUGCCUGGGACUGUCCUAGACGUUUUGACCGCUCUUUCACUCGGCCGUCCCGAUCAUCUACUACAGCUAAUCUGGCCGAAGCACUAUCAUCGAGCUGCACUAUAUCACAACCUAAUGUUUCUGAUUGGUACUUAGAUACUGGGGCUUCUGCUCAUAUCACCUCGGAUGCGUCUCAGCUUGAUGAUCUUACUGAUUACAACGGCUCCGAUCGUGUCACCGUGGGUAAUGGUGAUCAACUUCCUAUCACGCAAUCUGGUUCUCUUUUUUUCUCUAAUUCUUUUUAUUUACGCGAUGUCCUAGUUGUGCUCGGAAUGACUAAAAAUCUUUUGUCGGUUAGCAAAUUGACCAGCGACUUACCUGUUCAUGUUAUCUUCACUGACUCUUCCCUUCGUAUUCAGCACAAGGACAGCGGCAACAUAAUCGCAACCGGCGUGCGUGAUAGUGGCCUAUACCGUUUGGAUUUGGCAGUCAAGGCCCUUGCUGCUCACACAUCCAUAUCUCGGCGUGCUUCCUCUGCGAUUUGGCAUUCCCGACUUGGACACUCCUCUCCGGUUGUUUUAUCUACUUUAGUUAAUUUAAAGUUGUUAUCUGUUACUUCCGCUUUCUUGCUCCGGCUACCGAUCCGCUUUCCUCAUCACCUACACCGCCACAGGCUCCUUCCACUUGUCGCAUAUGUGCGUCGAGUGACUUGGUCCAGCCAUCCGCUGUUCCACUACUUACCCCUCCUAUUGCGGACACUGCUGAUGCUCUUUCUCCCGAACAGCGUGUUGCUGCGCCAAUCGGUCUCCAGCCGGAUACCGCGCCACGAGCUCCUCCUGCUGCGCCACGUGCACCUCCUGCUGCCACGCAUCCAAUGCAAACUCGCGCAAAGUCCGGUAUUUUUAAACCCCGAUAUCCUGCCACCAUUAACUGUGCAUCUCUUCUCACUGCUCUUACGGCUAUUCCGGAGCCCCGUGGCAUAA